CAGGAACCUCUUCUGUCUUUUUUUUUUCGUUGAAAUUUCAAUUGUUGCAGAAAAAGAAGGAAGGAAGAGGAAGGUGAGAACACUGAGAAGAAAGAGCAGACUCAGCAGAGGAGGAGGGAAGGAGCAAAGCUGCUGCCAAGGCAAUUGUAAAGAAAGAGAGUAGUGGAAGGAUCAUUGAAAAAAGCAGGAAAAUAAGAAUAAUAAGAAUAAGAAUAAGAAGAAGAAGAAGAAGAAGAAGAAGAAGAAGAAGAGGGUAGAGAUGGCUUCUCAGGACAAGAACCUUGAGCAGACUCCGACCUAUCGAGUGGCCUUCAUCGUGUUUGUAUUCGUUGCCGUGUCGUUAAUGUUCGAAAAGGGCCUUCAUCAUCUGGCUGUGUAUCUUAAGAAGCGCCGGAAAAAGGGUUUGUACCACGCCAUCGAGACGGUUAAGGAAGAGUUAAUGUUGCUGGGCUUCAUCUCUUUGCUGCUUACCAUCUUCCAGCAGGAUAUAACUCGCUGGUGUGUACAAGAGACCCGCGGUUAUGACUGGAUCCCCUGCGCAAGGGAGGAGCUCGUGCGUUCCGGUCUUGUUGACGUCAACAGCACGUUUCCCAGCCCGAACACCACAGUCACGAUGGGAUCAGCACACUCAAAAACAAGUGAUCACGCAGCAGGGGGAGGAGGGGGAGGAGGAGGAGGAGGAGGAGGAGAAGGAGAAAGAGAAGGAGGAGAAGGAGAGGAAGGCGGUCCUAAAGGAAGGCAUCUACUUGCAACAUCAUCAUCAGCAGGAGCAGUAGCAGCAGCAGCAGCAGGAGGAGGAAGAGGAGGAGGAGGAGGAGGACAGGGAGGAGGAGGAGGAGGAGGAAUGAUUAAUAGGAGGAGGAAUGGAGAGAGAGGAGGUGUGGGAGAUGUUCUUCCGUGGCUUGGAAAUGAUGGUGGAAGAGGAGGGAGGGUGUCUUCACUGUCUUGGACGUCAGGGGGGGCAAGGCAGCUUCUUGCAGCCCCAGAUUCUGGCGAGAAAGUGAUGCAGGGCUCGAAGCUAAGGGGUGACUUCUGUUCGGCCGGCAAAGAGCCGUUCAUGAGCUUCGACGCCAUGCACUACGUGCACUACUUCAUCUUCAUCCUGGCGAUCGUAAUGAUCGUGUACUCCUCCUUGGCAUUUUUGUUGUCGUUUAUGCGGAUCCAAGGGUGGAGAGCGUGGGAGGAGAAAGCGCAGACCCCAGAGUACUUGAGAGAUGCGGAGGCAGCCUCGACGAGAGAGGAGAAGCUGCGUUUCGCUGGCCUUAGAGAUCGCAAAGCCGUCGUCUAUGCUAUCGACUCCAGGGUAGUUUGUCGCACUCCUCGCUUCUGGGUCGCCUCCUUCUUCCUGCAGUUUGUGCGAUCGCUUAGCGAAGCUGAUUAUUUGACGUUGCGCAUGCUGUUCAUAACGAAUCACAACUUGCAAAUGAAGUUUGACUUCCAUGAUUACCUAGUACGAUGCAUGGAGGAGGACUUCGCCAAUGUGGUGGGGAUAAGUAUACCCAUGUGGUUGGUGCUCGUCUUCUUGCUCGUGUUUAACAUGAGACAUAACGCGAUCUUCUUCUGGUUUGAGAUGUUGGGACUGCUACUCUGCAUGUGUGUCGGGACGAAGCUGGUCGCAAUCUUGAGGACGAUCUCGGCCGAGAGCUCGACGGGAAGUGGGCACUUCGUGGCCACCGAUCCCAAGCCAACUGACGAGUUGUUCUGGUUCGGCAAGCCAUCGCUGCUGCUGGUGUUUAUACACUUCAUCUUUUUCGCAAAUUCAUUGGAUCUGGCGGCAUUCAUAUUCUAUUCGUGGAAAUUUGGACUAGAUUCGUGCUUGCAGGAAGAGCCAACAGUGAUCAGUGUGAGGCUGAUAUUCUCCGUGCUGCUGCUGGUACUUAGUUCCUAUGUCACUUUGCCGCUCUAUGCGCUUGUGGCGCAGAUGGGCACGUCCUACAGACGGGCGCUCCUGCCCGAAGUAGUGCAGACGGCACUCAAGUCAUGGGCCAAAGGAGUGAAGAAGAACAAGUCACUGCCAUCGCGUCAACAACAACAACAAUCCUCUCCCUCGCGUGUGUAAAUCGGUUGCAUACCGACUCUCUCUCUCUCUCUCUCUCUCUCUCUCUCUCUCUCUCUCUCUCGCGCGCGCGCGCGCACACAUCACACACACACGCGCGUACAAACUCACGCACACACACACACACACACACACACACACACACACACACACACACACACAAUCACACUCAAUCAAUCAAUGAAUCAUUGACAAUCAAUCAAUCAAUCAAACCUUUUUUUUUUUAAUUUUGCAUGUGCAUUUUUUUCAAACACCUCAUUUGCCUGCGAAGAACAAAAAUCCAAUUCUAAA